AGGCGCGUAGUGAGUGGCGGAGGACUGUGGGGGUGGCGGGCACCGGAGCCGGGAAGGGACAGGUCAGGCGGGGAGUGCGAGCGCGUACUGCUUGCGCCACUCGGGCUGGGUCAGGAGCGGCUGCCCAGGUUCAGAGGAAGUGUAUGGACAGCGCGGCCUUCCUGGCCGGUGAGUCGGCCCCAGGUCGUGGCCGGCGAGGGGACCCUGAGCUUCACCUGGGCCAGCGCGGGCAGUGACAGGUGCGCGAAGGAGCGCGGCGCUCCGCCCUCUAGCCGACCCGCCCCCUCCGGGCCUCGCCCUCCAGGGCUCGGGAUGAGCCACGGGCCGCAGCUGAGCGGCUCCGGCUCCAGGCGCAUGUCGCUGCUUCUGCCGUCGCCACCGAAGAGCGGCCACCGCCCCUGAGGGAAAGAGGAAGGGAAGCAGCCGCUGACCCGUGGCAUGAGCUGCAUGCGGUGUCCGUUUCAGGACUAGGGCGCCGACAUGAACCUGCACCAGGUGCUGACCGGGGCUGUGAACCCUGGCGACCACUGCUUCUCCGUGGGCAGCAUUGGCGACCAGCGCUUCACGGCUUAUGCAUCUGGAUGUGACAUUGUAAUACUGGGAAGCGAUUUUGAAAGAUUACAGAUAAUCCCAGGAGCUAAACAUGGAAAUAUUCAAGUGGGAUGUGUAGACUGUUCAAUGCAACAAGGCAAGAUUGCAGCAUCUUAUGGAAAUGUUGUCUCCAUUUUUGAACCAGUUGACCUACCGAAACAAAAGAAAAAUUUGGAAUUAUAUAGUCAGUGGCAGAAAAGUGGCCAAUUUUUUCUGGAAUCAAUAGCACACAAUAUAACCUGGGAUCCCACAGGCAGUCGUCUUUUAACUGGUUCCAGCUAUUUGCAACUGUGGUCCAAUACUAACUUGGAGAAGCCAACUGAAGAUGAACAUUUAAAUAAAACAGAUCUUAACUUUGGAGAUUGGAGAUGCAUUUGGCAUUGCAAAACUGCUUCCCAAGUUCAUUUAAUGAAAUUUUCACCAGAUGGAGAAUUUUUUGCCACUGCUGGGAAGGAUGACUGUCUUUUGAAGGUAUGGUAUAAUGUAGAAAACUGGCGGACAGCUGUUACUUCUCCAGAUAGAAGUUCAGAAAAACAAUCCCAAGGAGAAAUUGACUUUUCUUUUGUGUAUCUGGCCCAUCCUCGAGCAGUAAAUGGAUUUUCCUGGCGUAAAACAAGCAAAUACAUGCCUAGGGCUUCUGUGUGUAAUGUACUGUUGACUUGCUGCAAAGAUAAUGUGUGUCGUCUUUGGGUAGAGACAUUUUUACCAAAUGAUUGUUUGCUAUACGGAGGUGACUGCAGCCAUUGGACUGAAUCAAUUAAUUUAACAAAUAACUUCAAGAGAAAUACUUCCAGUAAAGAACGAGUUCAAAAUGCUUUAGAAGUAAAUCUGAGACAUUUUCGUAGAGGUCGGAGGAGAUCACUUGCACUUGUAGCACAUACGGGAUAUCUGCCACAUCAGCAGGAUCCUCAUCAUGUUCACAGGAACACUCCACUGCAUGCCAAUGCACUUUGCCACUUUCAUAUUGCAGCCAGCAUCAACCCAGCCACAGACAUUCCACUUCUUCCAUCUAUUACAUCUCUGAGUCUAAAUGAAAAUGAAGAGAAGACUGGACCUUUUGUUGUACACUGGCUAAACAAUAAAGAACUGCAUCUUACUUUAUCCAUGGAAGUUUUUUUACAGCAACUUAGAAAAAGUUUUGAACAACCAUCUUCUGAGGCCAGUGUAGAAGAUUCUCAUCAGGCAGAUGUAAAAUCUGAUGAAGACACGGAUGAUGGUGUUGAUGAUUCGAAAAUAAAUCCCGAAAAGAAGGAAUUAGGCUGUGAUAAAAUGGUACCAAACUCAAGUUUUACGUCAUUAUCGUCAGCUGCCAUUGAUCAUCAGAUUGAAGUACUUCUGUCUGAAUGGAGUAAAAAUGCAGAUAUGCUAUUUAGUAUUCAUCCCAUGGAUGGUUCUUUGCUAGUUUGGCAUGUGGAUUGGCUGGAUGAAUACCAGCCUGGUAUGUUUCGUCAAGUACAGGUGUCCUUUGUUUCCAGAAUUCCAGUAGCUUUCCCCACAGGUGAUGCAAACUCUCUCUGUAAAAGCAUAAUGAUGUAUGCCUGUACCAAGAAUGUUGACUUGGCUAUUCAGCAGGGGAAACAAAAACCUUCUGGCCUCACCCGUUCCACAUCAAUGCUUAUUUCUUCUGGUCACAAUAAAUCAUCUAAUAGUUUAAAAUUAAGUAUUUUUACCCCUAAUGUUAUGAUGAUUUCAAAACACGCCGAUGGUUCUCUGAAUCAGUGGCUGGUCAGUUUUGCCGAGGAAUCUGCUUUUUCUACUGUUCUCAGUAUUUCCCACAAAUCCAGAUAUUGUGGUCAUCGUUUUCAUCUUAAUGAUUUAGCUUGCCACUCAGUAUUACCAUUAUUGCUGACAACAUCACACCAUAAUGCAUUAAGGACACCAGAUGUUGAUAACCCAAAGCAACCUUUUGAUUCUCUAAAUGUUGAAGAAUGCUCUUUGACACAACAAAAUAAAAGCACUGUUGACGUGGCAUUUCAGGAUCCCAGUGCAGUUUACAGUGAGCUUAUUCUUUGGAGGGUUGACCCAGUUGGGCCAUUGUCUUUUUCUGGAGGAGUUUCUGAGCUUGCCCGGAUUAAUUCUCUUCAUGUUUCUGCCUUUUCCAAUGUGGCAUGGCUGCCCACUCUUAUACCCAGUUAUUGUCUGGGUGCAUACUGCAACUCUCCUAGUGCAUGCUUUGUAGCCAGUGAUGGACAAUAUCUGAGAUUAUAUGAAGCAGUUAUUGAUGCUAAGAAACUUUUAUCUGAGCUUUCUAACCCUGAAAUUUCUAAAUACGUUGGUGAAGUCUUUAACAUUGUCAGUCAACAAUCAACAGCCAGGCCAGGAUGCAUUAUUGCGUUAGAUCCCAUUACCAAACUUCAUGGCAGAAAAACCCAACUGCUUCAUGUUUUUCAAGAAGAGUUCAUUUUGAAUAACCUUGAGAAGAAAAGCCUUGGCAAAGACAGCAUUUUAUCUAAUGCAGGCAGCUCACCUAAUGGAUUUUCUGAGAAGUUCUACCUAAUUGUAAUAGAAUGCACUCAAGACAACCGUUCACUGUUACACAUGUGGAAUUUACAUCUAAAGUCAAUUCCUGUCUCAUUAGAUGAAAAAGUAGAUACAAAAUUAUCCGAAGCAGUUUGGCAACCAGAAGAACAUUAUUCUUCUUCUCCAGAGAAGAUCCUAUCUCCUUUUUCACAAAAGUAUCAGGCUUGCAGAGCAAAUCUCCAGAGUACCAGCAAGUUGACUCUGUUUUCAGAAAUGGUUUAUAGCCAAGAAUUACAUUUACCAGAAGGAGUUGAGAUAAUAAGUAUUAAGCCAUCAGCAGGACAUCUGAGUUCAUCUUCUAUAUAUCCUGCAUGCAGUGCUCCUUAUUUAUUGGCAACUUCAUGUUCAGAUGAGAAAGUAAGAUUCUGGAGAUGCAGAGUAACAGAUGGAGAAUCUGCCACAUCGAAGAAUGGAAAAAUUGAUCUUGCAUACAUUUGGGAAGAAUGGCCAUUACUUAUUGAAGAUGGACUUCAGAGCAAUAGUAGUAUAACUGUACCUGGUAGGCCUGUAGAAGUUAGCUGUGCACAUACAAAUCGUUUAGCAGUAGCUUAUAAGCAGCCUUCAUCUAAUAGUAGAUCUUCCCAGGACUUUGUGAUGCAUGUAAGUAUUUUUGAAUGUGAGUCAACAGGAGGUUCAUGUUGGGUCCUUGAACAGACAAUUCAUUUGGAUGAGUUAAGCACAGUAUUGGAUUCUGGCAUUAGUGUUGAUAGCAAUUUAGUGGCCUAUAAUAAACAAGAGAUGUAUUUAUCUAGUAAAGAGAAUAUCACAUCAAACACAAAGCAUUUAGUUCACUUAGAUUGGAUGUCUAGAGAAGAUGGUUCUCAUAUCCUGACUGUAGGAAUUGGAUCAAAACUUUUUAUGUAUGGACCCCUGGCUGGCAAGGUACAAGACCAAACUGGUAAGGAAAGCCUGGCAUUUCCUCUCUGGGAGAGUACCAAAGUUGUGCCCCUUUCUAAAUUCGUACUAUUACGAAGUGUGGACCUGGUUUCUUCUGUAGAUGGCUCCCCACCUUUCCCUGUUUCUUUAUCAUGGGUCCGGGAUGGCAUCCUUGUGGUAGGAAUGGACUGUGAAAUGCAUGUGUAUUCCCAAUGGCAGCCAUCUUCUAAACAAGAACCUGUUAUAACAGAUUCGUACAGUGGGAGCACUCCAUCUAUAACAAGUUUAAUAAAACAGAGUAACUCCAGUUCUGGGUUACAUCCUCCAAAGAAAACUCUGACUCGAUCCAUGACCAGUCUUGCACAGAAAAUCUGUGGAAAGAAAACUGCAUUCGAUCCUUCAGUGGAUAUGGAAGAUUCAGGUCUUUUUGAAGCAGCUCAUGUGCUUUCCCCGACUCUACCUCAGUAUCAUCCCUUGCAGCUUUUGGAACUCAUGGAUCUUGGUAAAGUUCGGAGAGCCAAGGCCAUCUUGUCCCAUCUUGUUAAGUGCAUUGCUGGGGAAGUUGUGGCUGUGAAUGAAGCUGAAUCUAAUCAUGAACGCCGCCUUAGGUCUCUCACAAUCAGUGCUAGUGGAAGCACUACCAGAGACCCCCAGGCAUUCAACAAGGCUGAAAAUACAGAUUACACAGAAAUAGAUUCUGUUCCUCCACUUCCUUUAUAUGCCUUACUUGCAGCAGAUGAUGAUAGCUGUUACUCAUCUUUGGAGAAAUCUAGUAAUGAGAGUACCUUAAGUAAAUCAAACCAAUUGUCAAAAGAAAGUUAUGAUGAGCUUUUUCAGACUCAACUUCUAAUGACUGAUACUCAUAUGUUAGAGACAGAUGAAGAAAAUACAAAGCCUAGAGUUAUUGACCUUUCACAAUACAGUCCGACUUACUUUGGACCUGAGCAUGCUCAGGUUCUUUCUGGCCACUUACUUCAUUCCAGUUUACCAGGACUCAGCCGGAUGGAGCAGAUGUCUUUGAUGGCCUUAGCAGAUACAAUUGCAACUACAAGCACUGAUAUUGGAGAAAGCCGAGACAGAAGCCAAGGUGGAGAAACUCUUGAUGAAUGCGGGUUAAAAUUUCUUUUGGCUGUUCGACUCCAUACCUUUCUUACAACUUCCCUUCCAGCCUAUCGAGCUCAACUCCUUCACCAAGGCCUGUCUACAAGUCAUUUUGCUUGGGCAUUUCACUCAGUAGCAGAAGAAGAACUGCUCAACAUGUUGCCAGCCAUGCAGAAAGAUGAUCCCACUUGGUCUGAACUAAGAGCUAUGGGUGUGGGGUGGUGGGUCCGGAAUACCCGCAUCUUACGCAAAUGCAUAGAAAAAGUAGCUAAAGCAGCCUUUUAUAGAAAGAAUGAUCCUUUAGAUGCUGCCAUUUUUUACCUUGCAAUGAAAAAGAAAGCUGUGAUUUGGGGAUUAUAUAGAGCUGAAAAAAACACCAGGAUGACACAGUUUUUUGGACACAAUUUUGAGGAUGAGAGGUGGCGUAAAGCAGCUUUAAAGAAUGCUUUUUCUUUGCUAGGCAAACAAAGAUUUGAACAUUCUGCAGCAUUUUUUCUUUUAGCUGGUUGCCUCAGAGAUGCAAUUGAGGUUUGUCUUGAGAAAUUGAAUGACAUUCAGUUGGCUCUUGUAAUAGCAAGACUCUAUGAGUCUGAAUUUGAUACAUCUGCAGCAUAUAAAUCUGUUUUACGUAAAAAAGUUUUGGGAAUCGAUUCUCCUGUCAGUGAACUGUGUUCAUUGAACAUAAAUAUGCAUCACGAUCCUUUUCUUCGGAGCAUGGCAUAUUGGAUUUUGGAAGAUUAUAGUGGUGCUCUGGAAACAUUAAUAAAGCAACCUAUCAGAGAGAAUGAUGAUCAAGUUUUACCAGCCUGUAAUCCUACAGUUUUUAAUUUCUACAAUUAUCUAAGAACACAUCCUCUUUUGCUGAGACGUCAUUUUGGAUCAUCUGAUACAUUUUCCACACAUAUGAGUCUAACAGGAAAGAGUGGACUGGCAGGAACAAUUAAUUUAAGUGAAAGACGAUUAUUUUUUACCACUGCCAGUGCUCACUUAAAAGCUGGCUGCCCAAUGUUAGCUUUGGAAGUAUUAUCAAAGAUGCCUAAAGUCAUCAAGAAAACAAGACCUUUUUAUAGAGCUUCUAGUUUUCUGGAUACUAGUAAAGACUGUUCUCCUUCUCCAUUAAAGUUGGAUGCAAGGGAAGAUAAGUCUUCUGUUGAUUGGUCACAGUCACUGAUAAAUGGUUUUGGAUCUUCUUCAGAGGGUUCCUCAGAGAAGCAAUCAAACUCCACUCUUUCUUUUGACUGGAGCCAACCAAGUGUUGUGUUUCAGGAUGACUCUUUAGAGUUAAAAUGGGACAGUGAUAAUGAUGAAGAAAAUGAGGAUGUCCCUAUUUCAAUGAAAGAACUAAAACCUUUACAGAGAAAAACAGAUAAAAAGUUGGAUGACAUAAGUUCUAACUACACAGACUCUUUCAGCACACUAGAUGAAAAUGACCUUUUAAAUCCAUCAGAAGAUAUAAUUGCAGUUCAAUUAAAAUUUAGAGCAUGUUUAAAGAUUCUCACAGUAGAACUUCGUACUUUAUCUACCGGCUAUGAAAUAGAUGGUGGAAAAUUGCGUUACCAACUGUACCACUGGCUUGAAAAAGAGGUGAUAGCUCUUCAGAGGACUUGUGACUUUUGCUCAGAUGCUGAAGAACUACAGUCUGCAUUUGGCAGAAAUGAAGAUGAAUUUGGAUUAAAUGAGGAUGCUGAAGAUUUGCCUCACCAAACAAAAGUGAAACAACUGAGAGAAAAUUUUCAGGAAAAAAGACAGUGGCUCUUGAAGUAUCAGUCACUUUUGAGAAUGUUUCUUAGUUACUGCAUACUUCAUGGAUCCCAUGGUGGGGGUCUUGCAUCUGUAAGAAUGGAAUUGAUUUUGCUUUUGCAAGAAUCUCAGCAGGAAACGUCAGAACCACUAUUUUCUAGCCCUCUGUCAGAGCAAACCUCAGUGCCUCUCCUCUUUGCUUGUACAGCCAAUGCCAAAACAGUAGUUGCCAAUCCAUUAUUGCACCUUAGUAAUCUGACACAUGAUAUUCUCCAUGCCAUAAUAAACUUUGGUUCACCACCCCACCCUGAUAUCCAAAGCAAUAAAGUGUAUGUAAUGCAUACUUUAGCAGCCUCACUUUCUGCUUGUAUUUAUCAGUGCCUUUGUGGUAGUCAUAACUACAGUUCAUUUCAAGCAAAUCAGUUUACUGGAAUGGUAUAUCAGACAGUACUGCUUCCUCAUCGACAUUCUUUGAAAACAGGAAGCUUAGAUGAAGCAUUAACUCCCAAUACCUCACCAGCUCAAUGGCCAGGAAUAACUUGUCUCAUUCGACUUUUGAAUUCUUCUGGCGAGGAAGCCCAGUCAGGGCUUACAGUCUUGCUCUGUGAAAUUCUCACAGCAGUGUAUCUUAGUCUCUUCAUCCAUGGCCUGGCCACACAUUCAAGUAAUGAGCUAUUUCGGAUUGUGGCCCAUCCUCUAAAUGAGAAAAUGUGGUCUGCUGUAUUUGGUGGAGGUGCACAUGUUCCUAGCAAAGAACAGACACAUUCAAAAACUUUACCUGUUUCUUCACUAGUUGAAGAAGGAGAAAAACAGAACAAACGUUUUAGGUCAUCAAAAAUGUCUUGCAGAGAAUCUGCCCCACUGACCCCUUCCUCAGCACCAGCAAGCCAGGAGUCACUGGCAGUUAAGGAAAAGUUCAUCCCACCUGAACUCAGUAUCUGGGACUAUUUCAUAGCUAAGCCUUUUCUACCCCCUUCUCAAAGUAGAGCCGAAUAUGAUUCAGAGGAGAGUCUGGGAAGUGAUGAUGAUGAUGACGAUGAUGAUGAUGAUGUUUUAGCAUCAGAUUUCCAUCUCCAGGAACAUUCUAAUUCAAAUUCAUAUAGUUGGUCCUUGAUGCGGUUGGCGAUGGUGCAAUUGGUGCUCAACAAUUUGAAGACUUUUUAUCCCUUUGCAGGUCAUGAUCUUGCAGAGCUUCCAGUUAGUUCACCUCUUUGUCAUGCGGUUCUAAAAACUCUUCAGUGUUGGGAACAAGUUCUUCUCCGACGACUUGAAAUCCAUGGUGGGCCACCUCAAAAUUAUAUCGCAAGUCAUACCGCUGAAGAGAGUUUGUCUGCAGGUCCUGCAAUUCUUCGCCACAAAGCUUUACUGGAACCUACAAACACUCCUUUCAAAUCCAAACACCAUCUGGCACUGUCUGUGAAGAGGCUUUGGCAGUAUUUGGUGAAGCAGGAAGAAAUUCAGGAAACCUUUAUCAAAAAUAUAUUCACAAAGAAACGGUGUCUAAAUGAGUCAUUAGAGGACAACAGUGAAACCAUCAAAAAUUCUAUGAUGGAGGAGCCAAACAUCAAUAAGAUAGAAGCAGAUUUGGGAUAUCCUGGAGGUAAAGCAAGAAUUAUUCAUAAGGAAUCUGAUAUCAUUACUGCGUUUGCUGUUAAUAAGGCAAAUAGAAACUGCAUAGCAAUCGCUUCCAGUCAUGAUGUUCAAGAACUGGAUGUUUCUGGAAUUCUGGCCACACAGGUCUACACUUGGGUAGAUGAUGAUAUAGAAGUGGAAACCAAAGGAUCAGAAGAUUUCUUGGUUAUACAUGCUCGUGAUGAUUUAACAGCUGUUCAAGGUACAACUCCAUAUACACAUAGCAAUCCUGGCACUCCAAUUAACAUGCCAUGGCUUGGUAGUACACAGACUGGCAGAGGAGCAUCUGUGAUGAUUAAGAAAGCCAUUAAUAAUGUUAGAAGAAUGACUUCUCAUCCAACUCUUCCUUACUAUCUGACAGGAGCUCAAGAUGGAAGUGUCAGAAUGUUUGAAUGGGGCCAUUCUCAAGAAAUAACCUGUUUUCGAUCUGGUGGCAAUUCAAGAGUUACAAGAAUGAGAUUUAACUAUCAGGGAAAUAAGUUUGGAAUAGUUGAUGCUGAUGGAUAUUUAAGUUUGUAUCAAACAAAUUGGAAAUGUUGUCCAGUUACUGGAAGCAUGCCUAAGCCAUACCUGACCUGGCAGUGUCAUAACAAAACAGCCAAUGAUUUUGUCUUCGUUAGUUCCUCCUCUCUGAUAGCUACAGCUGGUCUUUCAACUGACAAUAGAAACGUAUGUUUGUGGGAUACUCUUGUAGCACCUACCAAUAGUUUAGUCCAUGCAUUUACCUGCCAUGACAGCGGAGCCACAGUUUUAGCAUAUGCUCCAAAACAUCAGCUACUAAUAUCAGGUGGCAGAAAAGGUUUUACUUAUAUAUUUGACCUUUGUCAACGACAACAGAGGCAGCUUUUCCAGAGCCAUGAUUCUCCUGUUAAAGCCAUUGCUGUUGAUCCAACUGAAGAGUACUUUGUUACAGGAUCUGCCGAAGGCAAUAUAAAGAUUUGGAGUCUCUCUACCUUUGGUCUUCUCCAUACUUUUGUCAGUGAACAUGCUCGGCAGUCCAUUUUUAGGAAUAUUGGAACUGGAGUGAUGCAAAUUGAGACAGGGCCCGCAAAUCACAUUUUCUCCUGUGGAGCUGAUGGAACAAUGAAAAUGAGAAUACUGCCAGAUCAGUUUAGCCCUUUAAAUGAAGUGUUGAAAAAUGAUGUCAAAUUUAUGCUAUAACAUUUUUACAUAAGAUGUACAAUUUAUUACCUACAUAGAAGUGGCCAACAGAUGUAAUAUACAGUGAUCAUUCUUUAUGCCACAAAUUAGCUAACGCUUUCUUGUUUUUUAUUUAUUUUAUGGAGCUUUGCCCUUGAUGCACUGAUGCCUUAAAAAUUAACAAGGUCAUUCAGAAGUAGAUUACAUUGCCUAAAGUAGAAUGUGUAAGUAAUGCUAUAAUAAUACAUAUCAUAGUAUAUUAUAAUCAGUAUGUCAUAGUGUUAAAGUUGUUUUGUUUUCUUAUUGAUACUUUUCCACAGGCAUCUCUGCAUGAAUUUCUUCCACAGUAAAAAUACCUUUUUUGUAAGGACAAUUGUACAUAAUACCCAUCACUUAAUUCACCACACUCUCACUUCCUUUAUUAGCGUUGUGCAUCUCAAACUCUUCUCUUAAUUAAUGAUAGAUAUUUGAGUAAGAAUGAAAAAAAUAAUGAACAUCUUCAUUAAAAUUGUCAUUGAGAUGUCAGUGAUAAAUGAGCCAGAUGGCUCAUUAUGUAAGGUUUUCAGUAGUUUACCCUCUGGAACCCAAGUUAUAUGUAUGUAUACGUGUGUGUGUGUGUGUGUGUGUGUGUGUGUGUGUAUCUUACACAUCUUAUUUCAACUUAGUUGUAAAUAUUAGUGAAAACUGGUUUUUCAUGUGUUUUGUGCCAUAACAACUAUUGCCACCAGAAUAAAUUUUUUUUGCAACUGUGCUUUUCAUUUUUAAAAAAUUUUUGAAUUCCCAUCCUAGUUUUCAAAUAAGUUUCAAGGAGACUGUCAGGAUUAUUAUUUUAAAGAUUAGAUUUAGUCAAAUAAGUCUUAGCAGGCAAUAAAGUUUCUGUGGUGGCAUAUAUCAUAUAAGACACUUAAAGUAAGUUUGUGAAUUUGUCAGCUUUUCGAGCAUCAAACAAAUAUUUUACUUAAAUUUUAUUUUGUCUUAUUUUUAGGUGCUUUUAAUCUCAAAAUUCUGAAAAGCUAAUAGCAGUGUUUUCAGAAACAAAUGUGAAAGCAGUCAAAUUAAGUAGAUACUAUUUAGAAAUGUAAAAUACUCUCCAGAUCUACCAUUAAUAGAAAAUAAACUAAACCUUAUAUUUUAUUUUUGCCAAAAUAUUUUAUUAUAAAAUAUGACCAAAAUAUUUAAAAUGCACAGUGCUUUUAACCUAAAUGUGCUAACCCUGUUUCUUUCUGUUUUGUGCUGUAUCUUUUCUGAUUCAGAAUUAUAGAAAACUUGAUAAAUACUUGAUUUUAACCAAUGAGACUACAGGCAGAUGGGACUAAGUGUUUAUGGGACAAUUAUAUACUAUUUAACUUAAAUAUAUUUUGUUUAAUAGGAAAUAUAUAAUAAGAGCAUUUUAUGUAAUAAAAUGUGGGCAACGAUUAUCUUGGAAAUUAAAGAGUCAAAGCAAAGAAAUGAAGGGCUGGUAAAAUGAAUUUUGUAAUAUCCUCAGGAUACUUUUAUCUUAAAAGUAUGUUGUUAAAGAUUUUGUAAAUUGUAUUUCAACAAUUUUAAAUGUGUUGAGCAAGUUGCAGUGAAAACACUGUCAUUAUGUAGAGAGUUUAUAUGCACAUAAUAACCUGUACCUAUAAAUUGUGCAAUAACCAUAUGUGACUAUUUUGCCAUGGAGAAAUCUGACAGCACCGCAAACAAUAGUAUUGUUUGAUGUAGUUAACCUUUAGUUAUUUUUAAGUAAUUUCUUCACAAAUCAAGAUUCAAACAGCUUUAAACACUUCCAAUGAGAUAAAAUAUUUACGAUUAUGCUUAUUAGAACAAAAGGUGUUAAGGAUGAACUAAAUAUUUUAAUUGAGCAUUUAUAUGGAUAAUCAUACAUUAUGUAAGCCCAUAUGUAUUUACAUCCAGAGGCAUAAUAUUUUAAAUAAACAAUCAUGCAGAAACUUU